CCGUAAUUUAAGCAGUCACAGACGACCGAAACGACAGUUGAGCAAAAAUUUAUUUAUUCCGAAUUUGGAUGAUCAAUUCGACAUUUUCCAAUCAUUCGGCGAUGUAGACAAUGAAAAAGAGUUUAGUCCAGCAGAUGGUGAUGAAGUAACCAGAACUUCACCUAAUAGUCGUCUCACUUCUAACAUUCCGCUUGAUUUUGAACCGAUGUUCUUAGACCGAGAUUCCCAAUCUAUACCCAAAGAAUCGACGCAUAUUCCAAGUGUAAAACUUCCAUCCCGUCAAUACAGAAUCGAUCCACUUCGGAAAUCUAAGCCAGUAAGGUACAGUGAAUUAGAUGGACCUAAAACGCAUGAUGAUGAUGAAGGAAUGUCUGAUUUCCCUCACCGUGAAAGACCGAACAAAUUCAUUCCCAUCACUAACCAUCAACGUGGCCGCGGCCACAAUCAUCCAGUUGACCGUCAUCAUCAUCCAAGUGGUUCGUUACCCCAUUUUCAUCAUCGCGAACACAUUGACAAAUGUACUGUUCGUCCAAUCCAAACGCCCAAUCCAUCCCCGAAAGACUGUAAACAAACUGACAUCUCGAAGCUCUUGUCCCGAAUACAAGCCGAUUACUUUGCCUGUUGUGACGAUUGUCGCCGGAAGAUGGUCAGAAAAUAUGCAACUGAUGGAUGUAGUGUGUGUUCAAAGUCUCCAGAUCCAAUAGUUAUGCCGGACGUUCCAUGCGAGAAGGAAAUUUUAUCACCAAAAUGCGCCUGCGAUCACAAUAAGAAUAUUCUCGAAAAUCUAAAGAAAAUCUCUGAAAAACUGUGUGAACUAUCUGCGGCUCGGUCAGCAAAAAUUCGAAGGGAAAAAGAAAAGAAAAACGGAAGCGAUGUGAAGAAGGACUUGCUGCAGCAAUUGAAUAAAAUUUAUGAAAAGUUGAGCAGCCUCAAAAGUACGGAUGAAAUUGAAAAUUCUUGUCCGAAACAGGGGAGUGAUUGUGCGUGUAGCAAAUGUACCGAAGGAUCUAAUAAACCGUCCGUUAAUAAGAUGAAAAAUUAGGUCGGUUAGGUCCAGUCAAAAAUUUCGUUUAAUUUGUUUUUGUUGUGAAUUUGGAAAUAAAAUUG